AUGGCCACAACAUCCUCGACUAAUAGCCCCCAACCGGCCCCCUGGAAACAGGCCUUCCUCAAGGACCUCGACAAGAUGGAUUCUCCCGAGUUUGUCUUUUCGUCUCUGCACCCAGCCCCCAAGGACUCGCCUACACCUUACCUGCCCCGCGCUCGCUACUGCAUCUUCCGCGGCUUCUGGUCGGAGCUGCCCGACAACAAGCACAACGAAGCCCCCAUGAACCCCAGAGUCUUUGAGUCGGAGAUGCCGACUUUCACCUCUGAUGUGCGUAUGAUGAAGAUCCCCGAGCUGUUUAGCUCGGGCAGCGGACACGCAGACAAGGAGGAGCAGAUGCAGGGAAGUGGUGGUGGCGGUCCCUGCGAGGCCGUCUACUGGAUCAAGGAGACGCAGGUGCAGUGGAGAUUGAAGGGAGAGGCUUUUGUCGUUGGCCCUGAUAUCGAGGGUGAGGGCGAGCAGAGCAAGGAGAGCAGUGGUGUGAGGACUGUCAAGAGCGAGCUGGGCAGCCGCAUGAGAGUCGUUGACGAGGGCAAGCAGGGAGAGUGGUCUUGGAACAGAGAGUUGACUGCCCACUUUGGCAACAACUCGCCUGGUCUGAGAGGUUCUUUCAAGGCACCCCCACCUGGCCGCCCUACCUCCGAGCCCUACGAUGACAAAAACCUGGCCCUUGGCACGAAGGUCGAGGACCUGAACGACUCGGUCGCAAGAAAGAACUUCAGAGUUGUCGUCGUCAAGCCCGAGGAGGUCGAGCAGCUUGACCUCAGCGACCCUACAAAGGCACGCAGACAGGUCUACAUCUACCAGGCCGACGGCUCCUGGAAGCAGGAGGAGCGCUGGCCUUAA